AUGCCAAGGAAGGUAAAGGAAAACAUAGGCAUAUUAGUAAAUGUAGUAAAACAGUUAUAUAGUUUUAUAAACAUUGCUGUUAAUUUUGUUAUUGUUUUUGUCUUAUCUAAGGCUGGCUGCUUUGGCUACCCACUUAGUAUUUUCUUCAUAGUCAUCAAUGAAUUCUGUGAAAGAUUCUCCUACUAUGGAAUGCGAGCUGUGCUUGUCCUCUAUUUCAAGUUUUUUCUCCACUGGGAUGAUAAUCUGUCUACUGCUAUUUACCACACAUUUGUUGCUCUCUGCUAUCUAACGCCUAUCCUUGGAGCACUCGUAGCUGACUCCUGGCUGGGAAAGUUCAAGACCAUUAUUUCCUUGUCCAUUGUGUACACAGUUGGGCAAGCUGUCUUGUCGAUAAGUUCCAUAAAUGACUUGAUGGAUGGAAAUCACGAUGGUGUUCCAGAUGACAUUAACAUUCCCAUAGCCUUCUCUAUGAUCGGUUUGGUCCUUAUUGCUCUGGGAACUGGUGGGAUCAAACCAUGUGUUGCAGCCUUUGGGGGAGAUCAGUUUGAAGAAGACCAGGAAAAACAAAGAAGCAGGUUCUUCUCUAUAUUUUAUCUUUCUAUUAAUGCUGGAAGCCUUCUUUCUACUAUCAUCACCCCACUACUUAGAGGAGUGGAAUGUGGAGUUCAUGACAAACAACAAUGUUAUCCUCUGGCAUUUGGCGUUCCUGCUGUCCUAAUGGCUGUUGCACUGUUUGUGUUCAUAGCCGGAAGCAAAAUGUACAAGAAAGUGAAACCGCAAGGCAACAUCAUGGUCCAAGUCGGUAAAUGCAUUUCGUUUGCUAUUCAAAAUAGAUUUAAACAUCGCAGCAAACAAUUUCCCAAGAGAGAACACUGGUUGGACUGGGCUACUGAAAAGUAUGAUAAACGACUUAUUACUGAAGUUAAGAUGGUCUUGAAAGUUUUGUUCUUGUAUAUUCCUCUUCCUAUGUUUUGGGCCCUUUUUGAUCAGCAGGGAUCUCGAUGGACAUUGCAAGCCACAACUAUGGAUGGAAAUUUUGGUGGUAUUCCAAUUCAGCCAGACCAGAUGCAGACUGUAAACCCAAUUCUCAUUGUAAUCAUGGUCCCCAUUGUAGAUGCUGUUAUUUACCCUUUAAUUAAAAAGUGUCACAUAAAUUUCACGCCUCUGAGAAAGAUGACAGUUGGCAUGUUACUGGCAGCUUUGGCUUUUGUUGUUGCUGCUCUGGUACAAGUUCAAAUUGAUCAAACUCUUCCAGUCUUUCCUUCAGAAAACCAGUUUCAAGUCAAAGUAAUAAAUUUGGGAGACACUAAUGCAACAAUUGCUACUGCUGGACAGCGCAUUCCCUUGAGUCAAUUUAAUGCGACGGAAUAUAUGACAUAUGAAAUGAAGAAACCAAACAAUAUUGAUAUAUCAUAUCUAAAUAACACUCUAACAAAAGAACUGAAAAAUUUGGGGAAACAACGCCAUACUCUUGUAAUAAAAAAUAAGCCCCAAAUUGAAACAAAGCUGGUUAUAGAUGGCAUCACGGAAAAACCAGAACAAGGCAAUAAUAUGAUCAGAUUUAUAAACAGUUUGGAUUCAGUCAUUAAUAUCACUCUGGGUGAUGUGGCCUUUGGAGAACUGACGAAUUUCUCAGUCACCAACUACACUGCUUUUCCAAGUGGAUCAAAAAAUAUUACUGUUAACAUUCAUAAUAAAGAGUGUAAAGUUCCAUCCAUGGUAUUUGGUUAUGGCAGUGCUUACACUAUUAUAGUCACAGGGUGUACUGGCACGAACCUAACCGUUAAAUACAUUGAAGAUAUUCAAGCCAACACAAUCAGUAUGGCAUGGCAAAUCCCCCAGUAUUUCAUUAUUACUUGUGCUGAAGUUGUCUUCUCAGUGACUGGACUUGAAUUUUCAUAUUCACAGGCACCUACCAACAUGAAGUCUGUGCUGCAAGCUGGCUGGCUACUGACUGUGGCCUUUGGCAAUAUCAUUGUUCUUAUUAUAGCUGGUGCUUCAAAACUCGAUGAACAGUGGGCAGAAUAUGUUCUCUUUGCAGCAUUGUUGUUUGCAGUUACUAUAAUUUUUGCUAUUAUGGCCUAUUUUUACACCUAUGUGGAUCCAGCUGAGGUUGAAGCGCAGUUUGCAGAAGAGGAGAAGAAGAAAGAAAAAGAUCAACUGGAAAAAGAGAAACACGUAUAUGAAAAUGAAGUUGGAUCUGAGCAACAAACUCCGAUGUGAAAAUGUUUGAAAUCAGAAUAAGAAUGUAAAUUAGCACGCAAAACAUUGCACCUGAAGGUUGAGAUUCAUAAGGGACAAGCUGGAUAAGCUGUCUUAUUGAACAGGAAAGAGUACCAUAAAAUGAACACCCGUGCCUGUGGCUGAAGAUUAAGAAUUCAGUUCUCCUGUGAAGAACAGACAUUUUUAUUUUCUUAGUCAGCAGAAGGCUGCAUUUAGAUAAAAUCUGAAUCUAGUUGCACUUGGCCAUUGUGAAAAGACAUUCAGAGUAUUAUUUUUAUACAAAACUACUUUAAUUUUAUAUGGGAGAAAGUAAAUACUCUUAGCAAAUAGACAUUUAUGUCUCCUGCUAUACAUGGG